AUGUCUGCUUCUUUAGCGGCUUUUGAUCGUCCGAGACCUGGGGCAUCUAAUACGGUCAUGAUUUGCAAAGGAAUUCCUUUGUUGACUGCACUGGGACGCGUUUGUGUUGAGUUUGACGAGGGAUUUCCUAAAUAUGAUGCUAUUAGUAGGAUUUUGGAGAGGGUUGUGGUGCAUUGUGGUCAACUUGUUUUUAAAAGUGGGCCACUUUUCAUAUCUUCAAAAGGAAUAGGCUGGAAGUCUUGGAAGAAGCGGUGGUUUAUACUCACACGCACGUCAUUGGUUUUCUUCAAAAAUGACCCUAGUGCCCUACCACAGAGAGGGGGUGAAGUAAACUUGACAUUGGGGGGCAUUGACUUGAACAAUUCAGGGAGUGUUGUUGUUAGAGAAGACAAAAAGCUUCUUACAGUAUUAUUUCCAGAUGGACGUGAUGGGCGAGCAUUCACCCUUAAGGCUGAGACAUCAGAAGACCUGUUUGAAUGGAAGACAGCUCUUGAACAAGCCCUUGCACAGGCCCCAAGUGCUGCCCUUGUUAUGGGACACAAUGGGAUUUUUCGGAGUGAUGCCAGUGAUUCUAUUGAAGGAUCUUUCCAUCAAUGGAGGGACAAGCGUCCAAUUAAGUCUCUGGUUGUUGGAAGACCAAUUCUACUAGCACUAGAAGAUAUUGAUGGAGGCCCAUCUUUCCUUGAGAAAGCUCUUCGGUUUCUAGAGAAGUAUGGAACUAAAGUUGAAGGAAUACUGCGGCAGUCUGCAGAUGUUGAAGAAGUAGAUAGGAGAGUUCAAGAAUAUGAACAAGGAAAGACUGAAUUUGGACCCGAGGAGGAUGCCCAUGUUAUUGGUGACUGUGUUAAGCAUGUUCUGAGGGAGCUGCCCUCCUCUCCAGUUCCUGCUUCAUGCUGCACUGCUUUGUUGGAGGCUUAUAGUAAGUUGAGCUCCAUGCUUAAAAUUGAUCGUAAGGAAGCUAGGAUUAACGCAAUGCGAUGUGCUAUAUUGGAGACUUUUCCAGAGCCAAAUCGCCGGUUGUUACAGAGAAUUCUGAAGAUGAUGCACACAAUUGGUUCUCAUUCUCAAGAGAAUAGGAUGACUCAAUCUGCUGUUGCUGCUUGCAUGGCACCCUUGCUCUUACGGCCUCUGCUAGCAGGAGAGUGUGAGCUGGAGGAUGAAUUUGAUGUCAGUGGUGAUAGUUCGGCUCAGCUGCUUGCUGCCGCUAAUGCUGCUAAUAAUGCUCAAGCAAUUAUUGCGACUUUGCUGGAGGAGUAUGAGAAUAUAUUUGAUGCUCAGCUCCUAUUUUUGUCCUUAUGUUGUUCCUAUAAAGAAGAAAAUAUACAGAGGUGUUCCAUGUCAGCAGAUUCUCGGGUUGAAAACAGUGGGAGUGAAGAUUCAACUGAUGAUGAUAAUAUUGAUGUGAAAGAAAAUGGGUACCACGAUGCAGAGAAUGAAGUUGAUCAGGAGACAGAUGAAGAUGCUGAUCGAGUUCAGAGUGGAAAAUUGAGUGAAAGUAGUGGUUACGCAGGAAGUGAUCUUUAUGAUUACAAGUGGAAUUUCUAUGAAGCCAGGAAUAGAGCAUUUGGAGGUGAUGAUUCUGAUGUUGGAUCCUCUAGUAGUAACCAUGCUAAAACUGAAAAUGCUAAUCUGAAUGCUGUUCCAGAUACCCCCCAGUCUGAGGAUCAAAACAAGCAAAGAAAGGGCAGUGAAAACCCAGUUGAUGAUAAUGAUGCUUCAAAUUUGUUGCCUUCCAGUGAAUCUUACCGAUCUAUGGGUGAAAUUUUAUCUUCUAUGGACCCCAGCAACCAUUUACCUAUGCCUGUGGUUGAAUCAGGUUCUGGGAAGCAAACUGGUAAAGGGAGUAGCACCAGUUUCAGUUCUAAACGGUCAACAUUCUGGGGAAGGAGCAAUCCAAGGAAGACACCGUCAGUGGAAUCAGUUGAUUCUUCUGGAGAAGAGGAGCUUGCUAUUCAGAGGCUAGAGAUUGCAAAAAGUGAUUUGCAACACAGAAUUGCAAAGGAGGCUAGAGGCAAUGCAAUUUUACAAGCAAGCUUAGAGAGAAGGAAGCAAGCUUUGCAUGAGCGGCGCUUGGCACUUGAGCAAGAUGUUUCAAGAUUGCAAGAACAGUUGCAAGCUGAGAGGGAUCUUAGAGCUGCAUUGGAAGUAGGUUUGAGUAUGUCUUCAGGACAGCUCUCCAAUUCACGUGCCAUGGAUUCCAAGACAAAGGCUGAACUGGAAGAGAUCGCACUUGCUGAAGCUGAUGUGGCCAGGUUGAAGCAGAAGGUUGCUGAACUCCAUCAUCAACUUAAUCAGCAACGCCAGCAUCACUACGGUUCACUGACUGAUGUCGGUGAUCGAUACCAGCAUGCCCAAAAUCAUCCUCAACAGAGAUUUCUUCAGCAAGAUUUUGAUUCAACCCUGGCCUUCUGUAAUCAUGAAAGGAAACAAAGGACUGAGGAAAAUUUGAUGGGCACUGAUUGGAGAAAUAUUAAAGGACAAGUAUUAGCAUCUGGUAAUGGUAGUAGGCAGCCUUCUCGAAAACAAUUUAUAGAGUCAAGUCCUAGUGAUUCCAAAAGUACUGAGGCAUCAACAAGCAUGUCUGUAGAUGACCUCGGUGCCAUUGACUCGGCCUCGGUGCCCUCCACCUCAAGGGCAGCAGAGGUGGGUGAAUAUGCAAGACAUCCAUCUGUAGCAUCUUCGACAUUAGUAGAGUUAACUACACGUCUCGAUUUUUUCAAGGAACGGCGGUCCCAGUUGAUGGAACAGCUCCAUAACCUUGAUUUGAAUUAUGGUUCGACAACUUCCCAAGACUUUGUCUAUAAACCAUCAUCCCCGUCGUGGAGUUGA